UUUAACUCUCAAGAUUCCAGUGAUGAUCGCUUUGCAACUUGUAAAAUCAAACCGCCACCAUGAAUGAACAGUGUCUUAGAUCCUAAGUCGGAUAACACAAACGUGAAGUUUAAGAUUGAGAUGUUAGAAUGCAUGAAAGGGUGCCAUCUUCUAAGCACAAGAAUUCAACUUCUCCAUUCUCGAGAACGCCAUUGAUGCCUUAAAAUUUGGGCUUCCAGUUUCACUCGUGUGCCUUUGACCUUGACUCUCUUCUCUAUGCUUCCUUCCCAUAUAUCACACCCCAUCCUCUUCCAUUUCUUCUCUUCUUAUCACAAACCCUUCAGAUGCAUUCAUUUCUCUAGCCAGACCCUGUUUCAAGCUUUAUAUCAAUGGCUCCUCCUGCCACCCCCACAAGUUACUCUCUCGCUUCAAGUCCUUUCUCUUCGCCCAACCUCGGAGCCUUGCUUAAGAUCAAGGUCAUCACGUGGAGCCAAGAGACUGGUUUGCCUGUUUCAAUUCGCGUCCGGGUUGGAGAGAAGAUCUUUAACCUUCACAGAUUUCCACUUACUUCAAAGAGUGGCUAUUUCAAGAAAAAUUUGAGCAAAGAAACAUCCGAGAUUGAGCUUCCGGGAGAUUUCCCCGGAGGAGCAGAAUCUUUUGAGAUGAUUGCCUUGUUCAUCUAUGGCUCAUCCUCACUGAUCGACCCAUUCAAUGUUGCAUCCCUUCGAUGUGCAGCAGAGUUUCUUGAAAUGACUGAAGAACAGUGUUCAGGAAAUCUGUGCGAGAGAUUUGAUCUUUAUUUGAACCAAGUGGUACUUCAGAGUUGGGACGACACGUUGAUUGUACUCCAAAGGUGUCAGAUUCUACUUCCGUGGUCUGAAGAUCUUCUCAUAGUGAGUCGCUGUAUAGAGUCUCUUGCUUUUAUGGCGUGUAUGGAGAUUCUUGACCCAGAAGGAAGAAAAGAUACACCAGUUGUUACAAUGGAAGAACUAGCGUCACAGUCUUGGAGCUGUGAAAUGAAGGAUAUGGUUCCUGAGGAGUUGUGGAUCAAGGAUCUGAUAGCUCUGCCAUUUGAUUUCUUCAAAAGGGUCAUAGGAUCUCUGAGAAGACAAGGGAUGAAAGAGAAGUAUGUGAGUCCAAUCAUUGUUUUCUAUGCAAACAAAUGGCUUCUCUCCAGAAAGACUCCUACACAAUUCUGUGAAAGUGAACUUCUACAAGGUCUCGUUGACCUUCUGCCUAUUGGUGACAAUAUCCGCAGCAGCAGCAGCAGCAAUAACAACAAAAAUAAUAGCAAUAUUAAUAAAGUUAGCGGCAAAGUAAAUAUUCCUGUUGGGUUUUAUUUUGCAUUGCUUUCAAGAUACCUUGAACUUGGGUUGAAAAAUGAGAAUAUUAAAAGAAAACUACAAGACCAGAUCACAGUACUACUGCACUUUGCACAAGGGGAGGACUUUUUCCCUCUUCUUCAUGUUCCGGAUCACUCAGUGUCAACUAUGGAGAACGUAGUUUCAAAAUAUGUGGCGUCAAACUCAGAAACAAACCAUAGUCUAGUAGGUGAAGCAAGGUGCUACAGAGUUGCAGAGUUGUGGGAUUCAUUUCUAUUUCAUGUAGUAGACGCACAUCCAGAAAUGGAGCUCAAGAGAUUCAUGGAACUGAUUGAAAGAGUACCUGCAGCUUAUAGACACAGUCAUGACCAACUCUACAGAGCAAUAAACAACUUUCUCAAGGCACACAAAGAAAUAUCCCAAGAAGAGAAGGGAGCAAUAUGCAAGAAUCUCAGCUGUCAAAAGCUAUCACAAGAGACAUGCAUUGAAGCUGUUCAAAAUGAACUCAUGCCACUGCGUCUAAUAGUGCAAGCACUGUUUGUUCAACAGCUAAACACACACCAAACCUUCAAAGAAUGCUCAGAUUCCUUCAGGUAUACAAAUUGUGGGGCAGAAUUUUUGUCAGGAAGCCUGUCCAGCUCUAGAUGCCCUUACUCCAGAAGCCAGAAUCUAGCCGAAAGCCCAUACACCACGGCCGAUGGGCCUGAAAUGGGUAGUAGCAGCGGCCCAUUGGGCUUGAUGCUUCACAAGGACAUGAUGAUGAUGCAGAAGAUCAAGUUUUCCACCACAGAAUAUGAGGCCACAAGCUUCAGAAUCCAGAACCUUGAACAAGAGCUCAUGAGCUUGAAAAGAAGCCUGCAGUUGCAGAACAAAGAGUUAAGCAAAAGUCAGAAGAAGAUGGUGAAACCUUAUGGCUUGGAAGAAAGAUCAAUGAGCAAGAAGAGGAACGGUGUGGGACAAGCCAGUAGUUGCAUUAGUUCUGUGAAUUUUUCCUCCCAGAGAAAAUAUGCAAGUAGGAUAUUGAAGUUGUUUCGUCGCUUAACUUGGUUUGCAAGUAGGAAAUCUAAGAGAAAGCCUGCAACUCCUUCUCAUUGGCCCAACUCUAUGUAGCAAGAUGCAAGUUCACUAGUGAGAUGUAUCAUGUUGAUAAACAAAGGGGGGGAGACAAAUAUGUAUGUAUAUAUAACCCUGUUCUCACUUCCUCAAUCUCCAAAUUUUGUUAAAUGAAGAUGAAAUUAUACUUAA